AGGGGUGCAGGUGGACUAUGCCUGAGUGUUUUGAAUAUUAUCAAACAAUGAUGCAAAGUUAUUAUAGAUCAUUUAAGAGGCCAUACUCACUGAUACUGAGCCUACCCGUGCGCACCGCCUGCAUCCGGGCGUGAUUGACUGCCCGCAGCUAUCUGAUCCACUGAAAGGCAUUGACAACCAAUAGGGAGCAGAGCGCCGCUUGUUUCCAUGGGAGGCCCCGGGAGGCGAUGCCAAGCCGCCCAGAACAAGCACAGAGAGCGGGGAGACGCUCAGACAGCAGCCGGGACCGGUGCAGAUCCUGCCGGCGGCUCCGUGGCUUUCUGUGCCUGGAUGAAAACGACGCGAAGGCGCCAGCGCCUGAAAGGAGUGGGACAGGAUACAGACUGGAGGUCUUGGAAAAUGGAUGGAAAUCAUGACCAGCAGGUGCCUUAUUGUAACUCCAUAAAGCUGCAAAGGAAGACAUCGAGCUAUGGAAGUCCAGCAAACGAAAGAAAAAGAAAAUUCAUUAAGUCCGACCUGGCUCUGGACACUGAAGAGCUCUUCCAGGACCUCAGUCAGCUGCAGGAGACUUGGUUGGCAGAAGCUCAAGUUCCAGACAAUGAUGAGCAGUUUGUUCCAGACUUCCAGACAGAAAACUUGGCUUUCCACGGACUGCAGCUGAAGAUCAAGAGGGAGCUGCAUAGCCCAUGCUCAGAGCUGAGCUCCAACUGCAGUCAGGAGCGGCCCUUCAAGCUCCAGUAUGGAGAGAAGUGCCCGUACAGCAUCAGUGCCUAUGAGCAGAAGCACCACACAGGAAUGAAGCCCUCCAGCCCAGUGACGCCCCCCUGCAGCACCCCUGUGUCCCCUCUUCACCAUGGUUCACCCACAUUGGCCCCCACGCCCAAACCGGACCGGACUUACGCCCACAUGCCGCCCUCACAGCCUCUCCCUGACAGCGCCUACUCCAUGGACCACAGAUUUAGACGUCAGCUCUCUGAGCCGUGCCACUCAUUCCCCUCCCCACCGACGAUGGCUCGGGACAGUCGGCCCAUCUACCACAGGCAGCUGUCAGAGCCCAGCAUCCCCUUCCCUCCACAAGGCUUCAAGCAAGAGUACCCUGACCCCCUGUUCGAGCACCCAGCCAUGAUGGGGGCACCGCUUCCUCACGGGUACCCGGCCAGCAUGAUGAUCAAGCAGGAGCCGAGGGACUUCACCUACGACUCAGCAGAAGUGCCUAGCUGCCAUUCUGUCUACUUACGACAAGACGGCUAUCUGGCUCACACUAACAGGACUGAAGGUUGUAUGUUUGACAAAGUGCAGAGGCAUUUCUACGAUGAUACCUGUGUGGUACCUGAAAAGGUAGAAGGUGAUAUCAAGCAGGAGGCAGCCCUGUACCGGGAGGGUCCAUCAUAUCAGCGCCGAGGCUCAUUGCAACUCUGGCAGUUCCUGGUGGCUCUUCUUGAUGACCCGUCAAACUCCCACUUUAUCGCCUGGACCGGCCGUGGCAUGGAGUUUAAACUUAUCGAGCCUGAAGAGGUGGCACGUCGAUGGGGGAUACAGAAGAACCGGCCAGCUAUGAAUUAUGACAAACUCAGCAGGUCGCUUCGUUACUACUACGAAAAGGGAAUCAUGCAGAAGGUCGCUGGGGAGAGAUACGUCUACAAGUUUGUCUGUGACCCCGAGGCCUUGUUCUCCAUGGCGUUCCCCGACAACCAGCGACCGGUGUUAAAGACGGACAUGGAGCGGCAGAUCAACGAGGAGGACACGGUGCCGCUGUCGCACUUUGACGAGAACAUGGCGUACGUUCAGGAGGGGCCCUACUGCCAACCUCAUCCCUACAGCGAAGGCUACGUUUAUUAACAACACACACCUUCGCUCGCUGUGCUGCCCCGCCUCCUCCGUACACCUGAGACUGCCAUGUCCUCUGAUUCACAGUCGCUCCGGGAAAAAACUGAACUCACCCACAUGCAGACACACAAGCACACACGUGGAUACACACAAACACACACAGUGACACUUCUCUCAGUAUGUCUGACAUACACACACUCAUUCAACCCCUUUUUUUUCUGCUCUUGAGUUUCUGACGUCCAGAGAGUGCACUUUAUGGACAGGAACAGCACCAGAGUCUGUGUGUUUGACUUUUUUUAAAUGUUUGUGCAUUAAUGCUGAAAGCAUUCUGCCUAUUUUUCUUUAUAAACGUCAUCAUUUUUAGCAUGUGCUGCCCUGAUUAGACUGGAUUCAGCAGCUUAAACUUUGGUUUCCUGCAAAAAGGACUUUUCUUUACAGACAAGUGAAGCAGAUACAAGGAAUAAAUUUAAUUUUGUCUUAAUGCAAAUAUCUUCUGGAAAUGUAACAGUACUUCCACAAUGAAGAGAAGGUUCUUUAAAAGACUGAUGUGACGGGGAAAAAGUGUGAUUUGAACUGAGUAGAUCACUACUUCCUCUCCUCGAGGCUGGCCAAUGUUCUCUGCCAUGACUUCAACCAAACUGUGGGUCUCGCCAUGUUCGUGUUUUUUCUGUAACAGCAUAACCUCCACCGGAUCAUUUCCUUAUCAGUGCAAAAAAAAAAAAGACAAAAUGUGUGGGUCCCAAUUCGUCCCACUGUGAGAAUGCACUGGAGAACAAACGGCCUGUGUUUAGGAUAAUCACCAGAGAAAAUAACUCAGUCGCUGUGUAAAAA